GGGCCUGACCUUUGCCAGGCAGGUAGAAGAGGACCAGACUUGGCAGAGGGCAGUAAGCAGUAGGCCCUGGGCUGGGCCUGGCAGACCUGGCUGCUGUCUCCAGGUUCUGCAUAGGGUGCCUGCUAGCCCACUCUCCUCCUCUGGGCCAAUCACAGAAUAAACAGGGAAGAAACCAAGAGGUGGAUUAACACAGCUGGACAGGGAGGCAGAGGACAUAUAGUGCCACUCCAGGGACAGGAAGGAAGACAGUCAAUACCUCUUUCCUGACACGAAGCAGCUCUCAUUGCUAAAGCUCUGGGAGACUGGCAUAAUAACCUCUGACCUUUUCAGAGGGGCAACAGGGAUAAGGUGAGACAGGGAAAGGCUGGGAGACAAGUCCCAGCACCACCAAGCCAUAUCCCACAGAUAGCAAUGAAAUAAUACAGAAUAGACCAGAACCAACCCAGAAAGAGACACAUGGUGAGAACUCAGCACAACCUGGGGGAAAGCUAGGAUCUCUAGUCGUGUGGUGCUUCAUGGACUCCACCCUGCAGCUACCAGCCAGGUCUGGUUGCGUCAGGGUGGUAGGAGAUACACUCCCUUUCUGCACAUCCUGUUUUCUGCUAAUGGUUUCCAGGUAUAUCUUGUCCAGCUCAUAGCCCACAGCCCAGGAAGGAGGCCCAUGUCUUCCGCAGCCCGCUGAGCCUCAGGAGUUAAUAAUUAAGGGUUUAAGAAGAUAGAAGCCUGUCUGGGAGGCCCCGCCCGGCCGCUGUGCUCCUGCUCCUGAGAGAUAGCAAAGGUUAGUGUGUGAGGCUCUGCCUGGUGUGGAGGCAGGCUCUGCGCUCGACCUCCUGGUGGUCUCCAAAGGGACCUCAGCCUGGCCCCAGGCAUGGACGCCUCUGAGGAGCCCAGGAAGUGCCCUGCCCGAGGGUCAUGCCCAGUGUUCUUGGCCAUGAGCUCAGGCACUGUCCGCUAUGCUCCAUCAGGUGUGGGUCCUGUACCUGAGAGGAACUUUAGAGAGGAGACCUGGGAUGCACACAGCCAACCCCAACAAGACGAGGGCCUCCCUGUGGGCCUCUCUGCUAUCCCAGUCCCCUGGAAAAACCUAGGCCCCAGCAAAAGUAACAGGGAGUCCUCAGGAGGCCUGGUAGAAGCCUCCACUUCCUGGGAGGAGGCCCAGGGUGAGGAACACCCGGCACCUGCUCCACUGGAUGUGUCACGCCUGCGCAGUUCCUCCAUGGAGAUCCGAGAGAAGGGCUCCGAGUUCCUAAAGGAGGAGCUAUACAAAGCCCAGAAGGAGCUGAAGCUAAAGGAUGAAGAGUGUGAACGGCUUUGCAAAGUACGUGCACAGCUGGAGCAGGAGCUUGAGGAGCUGACAGCCAGCCUGUUUGAGGAAGCUCACAAGAUGGUUCGGGAAGCCAACAUGAAGCAGGCGACAUCGGAAAAGCAGUUGAAGGAGGCUUGGGGCAAGGUGGAUACGACGCUGUUUGCAGAGUUCCAAGCUUGGAGAGCUUCACCUACCCUGGAUAAGAGCUGCCCCUUCCUAGAAAGGGUGUACCGGGAGGACGUGGGCCCUUGCCUUGACUUCACAGUGCAGGAGCUCUCAGCUCUGGUUCGGACUGCUGUGGAGGACAACACACUCACCAUUGAGCCUGUGGCUUCACAGACACUGCCCGCUGUGAAGGUGCCCACUGUUGAGUGUAACAACACCAACACAUGUGCCCUGAGUGGCCUGGCACGUACCUGCCACCAUCGAAUCCGCCUGGGGGACUCUGACAGCCACUAUUACAUCUCACCGUCCUCCCGGGCCAGGAUCACCGCAGUAUGCAACUUCUUCACCUAUAUUCGCUACAUCCAGCAAGGUCUGGUUCGGCAGGAUGCUGAGCCGAUGUUCUGGGAGAUCAUGAGGCUUCGGAAGGGCAUGUCACUAGCCAAGCUUGGCUUCUUCCCCCAGGAGGCCUAGGGCAUGGCCCCAGGCCUGAAGUAAGCUCUGAGCUAGAGCAAACAGCUGCCUUGGGACAGACAGACAAGAAAUCCUGGAGCCAGCUCUGAGCCAGAAGCUGAAAGGACAGAUAAACAACCAGGCUGUAGAGACAGUUCUGAGCCCGUACCACCCAUCCGUCCUGAGACAGACAAAAGGACAGCCUGGCCUGGACUUCAUCAGAUGACCCUCUUGCCCACUGAGCUCUGUAGCCAACAAGAGAAUCUCAAGAAAGCACCAAAGACCAAGGUGCUCGGAGCAAGGAGCUCAGCCCUGGGGAGAGGACCCUUGAGUAGCCAGUACCCUCACACAAUCCCCUGCUGCUUACCAAUGCUCUCUUGCUGCCACAUCUUCAGAAAGGGGCUGCUCUAGGGUGGCUGGAUUUCCAGCCCUGGGACACCAGCACCCCCUUGUGGCCAUUUCUCACUCUGUUUCCAAGUGGCCUCAUUAGACUGCCCCAGUGGUAGGGCAAAUGUCUCCAAUCUGAACAAGGUGGAGAGAUAACUGCCCCGAAGUGCUCUGAAGGUGAGUCCAAGAUCCCUCCUCCAUUCUUCUGCAUGGAGGCCUCCCUCUCCCCUUCCUCUCCACUUCAACACCAUCUCCAGGAGGCCCUGUUCCUGAAGUUGCCAGGAAGUCUGGGCCCUUUCUUCCUAAAGUGUGCCACCAGGGGAGCCUCAGGACGUAACCCUGGGCAGCCAUCCAGACUUCAGGGGCCCUGGAUGUAGGACGGGAUGGAGAGGCUGGGCCAAGCAGGACAUGGACCCUGCCUUAUCCAUCAUAGCCCACUGGGAACUGGGCUCGGGGGGAAUCCAACCUGGACAUAUCCUUCACCACGCCCCUAUUUCCUUCCAAUGGAAUGUAACGCGAUCUCUAUUUAAUAAAGGAAGGCUUUGUUGGUAGGGGCUAGGCGGCAGUGGCCUUCACUCCUGUGCCCUGGGGCUCUGGCCAGGGCUUGGGCAUCUGAAGGAAUGAAAUCAAAUCCUUUCCUAACUGGCCUCGUGCUUGGGAUUAAACCCAAAUCCUGAAGCUACCCCCAUGGCUACCACCACUUUCUUGCUGUAGGGAAGACUGUUGAAGUUGUCCUUAGCUUUUCACGGAGCUAUGAGGGAUUGGAAUGAGUUGACCACUCUCCUGAGAGUUCAGCUCUGAUCUGUGAAUCCCCCCAAAGCCCGUAGAGAUGACCCCAAGUCUACUAGAAGCCUGGAGUCAAAACACCCAGGCUUCCUGGGGCUGAUCGAUGCCACCUGUCAUAGGACAGAUGGGGACGACAGAAGUGCCAGGCAUGGCAGGCACAAGUGGAGGUGCGGGGCAACCGGGAUCCUGAGAGACCUCAGAGUAGGAAUGAGGAGAGAGAUGUCUUGUGGUUCUUGCCUCUGCCCAGCCAGUAGGGCUUUGUGCUUUCUGUUAGGAAGGUGCAGCAGAUUCUGGGCUGGGGCAGAGGUUGUCAGUAGCCCACAGAGAUUUCUCUAUUGGCCUGAGGCCCAGGUGUACUCAGAUGGUAGGUCAGCUGGGGGGCUGGCCAGAGCUUUGUCAAGGUCCUCUGCCGCCUUCACAUGUUCUCCGGCAAGUAGCUUGUUCCCAGGACUCUGCUGCCUCCAUUACCCCUCUGUUCUUAUAUCUCCUCCCUGCUCCACUAUGACUAGAAUCCUUUGCUGUGUCCCCAGCCCCCAUAGACACCUGGUCACUGACCAGACCCUGUCGUCUCCACUCAUUCACUAACUAAUACUGGGGUUUUCUCUGCUGGACAUUGGCCACAGCAUGCAUACCAGUAAUAUAUCUGCAUCCAGGUUACUGGAUGGAGGGAAGUAAAAGCCAAAGGAUGUCAGGGAAGGACGUGGUGUGCUGUGUGGAAUCCCAUGGCAUCCCCUGCUAUGUCAAACCCUUGUUCACCUGGAGACAAGAGUGGAUGAAAGCCUGAGCACUUUAAUCAGUCUUAACUUCUGGGUUCUGGGCCCAGCCAUAUGCAGGACCACAAAGCCACCAGGAAACACCCAGAGGCCCACAGAGGACCUUACUCCCCUGACUUGUCCUGCUUCUACAGAGCAUUGUCCAUGAUCUGAUGCCAGGUGGGGCCAUCAACACAGCCACACCCUGCUAGUAGCAAUUAAUAUCUAAGCACUAGUCAUAGCUCGCAGCCCUCUCUGUGAACCCAUUAUUCCAGUCUCUUAGCAAUGUUAAAACAUGCUAUUAUCCCUCAUGUAAAUGGAUAGAGGCACUGGAGAACACAAAGAGGUCCUGAGGUUGGGUUUAUUUACCUCAGUGGUAGAGGCUUGCCUAGCAAGUACAAGGCCCUAGCUGGUUCAGUCUCCUGCUCCAGGAAAAAAAAAGUCACAAAGGGGUCCUAAGUGUCUGGAACCUGUAGUAUUAACCUACCUCUUGGUGGUUUUUUGUUGGUUGGUUGGUUGGUUGGUUGGUUUUUGUGUUUUUAUACUGAACACUUUCAGUGAAUGUAGGUUUUUCACCUCUUUAAUUGAUGCAGAAGGGUGUGAGUGUAGAUCAGUGCUAGAGUGCUUAAUUCAAGGUCUGAGGUUUGGUCCCAGAACCACACACACAAAACAAAAGAAACAGAGACUGGGAUCGAAUUGUAACCUAGGUUCCUCUGCUGUACCCUGGAAGUAGCUCAGGGCUUCGACUCUUGGGGGUGACUUGAGAGGUUAACUGCCACACCAGAUGUUCUUAAAUUUUCUAGAUAACCCAUUUGGGUUUGAAGUCUUGGCACAUAGAAAUCAUCUGAGCUCUCCUUGGCUAGUCCUGAGUCUGGCUUCUAGGCAUGGAGGUAUUAAACCUGACUAAGCACAUUUACCUGGUGCAGGACCCUGAGAUGUCUCACUUUACCAUCUUGGUGCAGCACCUGAGAUAUCUCACUUCACCAUCUGCCAAACCUGCCCUGAUUUGAAUCCUGCCAGGGCUGUGACCUUGGAGCAAGUUGCUUUUCUCAGUUAUGAAUUGGGAUUAUUAUUCUUCCCACACAGACACAAACAAUCUUCCCUCAUUCACUCAUUCAUACAAUGCAUGCAUUUGGUGUUUGUGAGCUGUGCAUGUGUGAAUGCACAUGUGCCAUGGUUCACAAGGCAGAAGACAACUCUUAUAUUGUCUUGGUCCUCAUCUUCCCCCUUGUUUGAGGAAGUCUCUCUCAUUGACCCUUGAAGCAUAGGUCAGGCUAGCUUCUGGGAACUGUGCCAUCUCUGCCUCCCACCUUCCCACUAGGAGCAUAGGGAUUACAGGCAUGGACUACCGGAUCAAGCUUUAUAAGAUUUCUGCAGUUCUGGACUCAGGUCAUCAGACUUUCACAGGAGGUGCUUUACCCACGAAGCAAUCUCUGCCAUACUUAUUUUUUAAAAAAAUAAAAACCUAACAUGUAAUCUUACACAUUUUAAAGUGUAGAAUUAUACUUGUGCUAGGCACAUUCAUACUGCCAUGAAACCAAGCUACAAACAUUUUGCAUCUUGCAAAACAAACACUAUGCCCAUUGACUAAUUCCCUAUUUCUCCUGCCCCUAGACUGUGGACAUCAGCAUUCCACCUUCUGCCUCCGUGAAUCUGAUUCCUCUAGAGAUUUGCUGUAAAUGGAAGCAGCAUACUCAUCUUCUAGUGACUGGCUUGUUUCACUUAAUGCAAUGUCAAUAUCCAUCCAUGUUGUAAGAUGACAGGAUUUCCUUUUAAGACUUGGUAAUAUUCUGAUGUAUGUGUAACAGCCCACUGUGUUUAUCCAUUAAUUGGAGACACACACGGGUUACUGGUACCUGUUAAUGUAUAUGCAAAUAUCUCUUGGAGACCCUGCAUAGAGUCCUUUGAAUAAAUUACCGUUAGUAAAUUUGCUCAUA